AUGGGCCCCCCGAAACCUCCCGUCCCUCAUGUCGCUCCGAUCUACCGAGUAACGGCCACAGCUCUUGGUGCGGGCAUGUGGUUCUGGCUGAUGUAUCGGGCAAAGAAAGAUGGUAAAACACCCAAUUCGCAUACGAACUUCUCAAUGAUCGACUCUAACGAUUUGAUCUCUCACAGGCCCCGUUUUGCUUGGCUGGAAGCACCCCUGGGACCACUAGACAACUCGAUCAGGUCGGGAUUCGAGAUCAAGAACGGCAUGCUACUCUACCACUGGGAUAUCGGCUAUAGCUUGUGA